AUGGCGCAGUGGACUGAAUGCAUGAACUUCGGGAUUGCCGUGGCCAGACAAGCCAGGGAGGUGAUACUGGAUGCCUUUAAGACCCAGAAGGCUGUGAUGCUAAAGAGCUCACCUGCUGAUUUGGUAACUGAGACAGAUCAAAGAGUGGAGAAAAUGAUCAUCUCUGCCAUCAGACAGAAGUAUCCCACACACAAGUUUAUAGGUGAGGAGUCUGUAGCAGCAGGAGAGAGGCUUGUCCUGACAGACAGCCCAACAUGGAUUAUUGACCCCAUUGAUGGCACUGUCAACUUUGUGCACAGAUUCCCAUUUGUGGCCAUCUCCAUUGCAUUUGCUGUAAACCAGCAGACUGAAUUUGGGAUCGUCUACAGCUGUGUGGAGGACAAGCUUUACAGUGCUCAGAGAGGCAAGGGGGCAUUCCUCAAUGGUGUGCCUCUGUAUGCCUCUGGACAGGAAGACAUCACUAAGUGUCUGGUGGUGACGGAGAUAGGAGCUGAGAGAGAUGACCUAGCCUUGACCACUAUGACUACUAACAUACUGAACCUUCUCAAGAUCCCCAUACGCGGUAUCCGUGCUGUAGGCACUGCUGCUGUGGACAUGUGUCUGGUAGCCACAGGUGGAGCAGAUGCAUAUUACCACAUUGGCAUGCACUGCUGGGACAUUGCUGCCUCUGCCCUUGUCGUGCGUGAGGCUGGUGGUGUGGUUAUUGACACAAAUGGUGGGGAGUUUGAUAUGAUGUCCAGGAAGGUAAUAGCAGCCAGCAGUUUGGCAGUGGCCAAGCGUAUGGCUCAGGUGAUCCAAGCCUUUCCGUGUGCUCGUGAUGAUGAAAACCCAACUAAAGCCGGCAAUGACGUGUACAACACUGCUAACGGGCACUGA